GUAAAUCAGUUGAGCACACAUUCAUAUCAGAGCGGCUUUGUCAACUUCGUUAAGUUGAAAAGUAGUUCCUGGUUUGUUCCUGUAUUCCUUACCUUUUCCUGACACUCAGCUGGGGCCACGCCCACACCGCCAUGGAGGAACGUCGCCUUAGGAAUGCGGGCGUACAGGCGGGCCCGCCGAAAGUUCGCCUGCGUCGUCUACAUGGUGACCAUAGCCUGGAUGAUCCUGGCCCUCGUGCAGUGGCUCUUGGUCAGCCUGAUUUCGGACAUAAGCCUAGUCUUCAUACAGUUCUACUGGAUUAGCGUGAUCUUCUUUGCGCUGGCCAUGGUGAUGGUCACCCUGUUCAUAUUCUUCGAGCGGAUCCGCUUUAUCAUAGGUCUCAACUGGCUGAUCACAGUGCUGAUAGUGGAGUUCGUGAUAAUAGGUUUAUUUGCGCUGGUGGCCCGAACUCUGUGGCCAGAUCUUAUAAUGUGGUUCUUCAUCUGCGUGCUAUUGGUUUUUCUCUUCGUGCUGCUGGGAUCCAUUAUGCCGCACGAUUUCACCCUGGACGUUGUGAUACUGUUUGUGCUGGCCUUUAUUUUUCUGAUUGUCACCAUCUUCUUUAUCAUGAUGCACAUUUUAAUAGCAAUGCCGUACUCAUUUGUGGUCUUCCAGCUCUUCAUCAGCGUCAUUGUGCUUUUGUUUGUGAUGUACCAUGCCCAGACCAUAAACGGAGGACGCUUCGCCGAAAUGCGACUCAACGAUCACCUACUCGCCUCACUCAUCCUCUUCCACGACUUCAUCAUCAUCUUCCUGCUGACCUUCUAUGCACAGAUCGUCUACCGGAUCGCCUCGAGAAACUCCACCACCACGGUGGCACCACCAUUUGGCACCUGGUUUCUGCCGACCCUGCGGCCAGAUGAAGACCUUACCACCGAAGCUGACCCGAAUGCGGAGGACAGUGGGAAUUCUCCCGACGAAGUCCUAUCGCCCGAUGAACAAAGCAUUGUUUUCUUCUGAGGCGAAUAUGCUUUAUUUCUCGGGCAGUAGAAGUUUCGAAGGGAAGUCGUCCAAAUCGAAAGCAAGCUGACUUCAAUGUUCACUUAUACAGCCGAUGUAGAAAAUAUGUGCCGGCACCCUGAAAUACCUAAUAAAACCUUAUGAUCUAGA